AUGGCUCUGUUUUAUACCCACAAGCUCCUCCUCUUUAAUACUCUCUAUACUGGAGUUUCCAAUCUCUCCGGAAUUCCCCCACUCUCCCGCUCCAAAAUACCUCAAGAUGAGGCGUCCUUCGUCAGGAUGUCAGGAUCAUGGCUGUCCAGGACCAUUUUGGUUGAAGGCAACUGCAACAACAGUUUGUCACCGGACACCCCCAUCUUAUCCAAGGUCCUAACGUCAUAUUGUCCACCAUGGGCCAUUUUGUGGUGCCUUUUAAUACAGCAAAGCUAUGCGUCUGUCAGGAUGGCUGCUGGCCAGAUGUUUGUGAAACUAAACCAGGAGAAGAUCAUUCCUAAGUCAGAUGUCCUGACUCUCCUGAAGACCUACAACUGUUACCAUGAGGGCAAGAGCUUCCAGCUGAGAGCCAGAGAGGAAGAUGGAGAGCUGAUUCUGGAAGGUUUGCUGAACAUCUACUGGGGUCUUCGUAGACCCAUCCGCCUUCAGAUGCAUGAUGACAAUGAACGAUUCUGCUACGGCAGCCCAGGAGUCAACAGGAAUGAGAGAUCCCUACUGUCAAUGCAGACGACUUCAGAGUCCAACAACAACAUACUGGGCCGAAGUAAUGGGCCAGCCCUAACCAUGGGGGGUAGCACGGCUGUGGAGGAGCAGCGACAGGAAGAGGAGGAGGAGGAGGAGGUGCCCCAGCUGCUCCGGACCAAGAGUGACGCCUCCUUCGUGGGAGUGCUGAGGAGGAGGUGCAAGAGCCACAGCGCCAAGGACAUGCAGCGCCUCCGCACACACAGAUACUCCAUCAACGGACACUUCUACAACCACAAGACAUCUGUGUUUACACCAGCCUUUGGGUCGGUUACAAACGUACGGGUCAAUAGCACCAUGACAACUGUCCAGGUCCUCAACCUGCUGCUACACAAGUUCCGGGUGGAAAAUCAAGCCGACGAGUUUGUUCUCUACAUGGUGCACGAGACAGGAGAGCGCAGCCAGCUGAGGGACAGUGGGUACCCUCUGGUGUCCCGUGUUCUAUACGGCCCCUGCGAGAAGAUUUCCAAGAUCUUCAUUAUGGAGUCAGACCUGGGGGAGGAGGUCACAUACGACGUUGCCCAGUACAUCAAGUUUGAGAUGCCUGUUUUGGACAGUUUUGUUGUGAAACUAAAAGAGGAGGAGGAGAGGGAGAUCUCCAGACUAACCAGGAAGUAUAGUGCUCUGAAGUCCAUGAUAUUACAGCAGCUGGAAGGUGUCCCAGGCACAGCUGACCUGGUCUGAGAGUGUGUGUGUUUGUGUGUGUGUGUGUGUGGUGUGUGUGUGUGUGUAUGUGUGGUUGUGUGUGUGUGUGUGUGUGUGUGUAUGUGUGUGUGAGGGCGCACACUUUUGUGCCAGUAUUAAUGCAAGCGUAUAUGUGUGUGGUAAGAGUGUGUGGAAAAUAACCAUGCUGAUUGUUAUACUACUGAAACAUUUGCACACUAUUUGUCCUUCACUUAUAGUAUUUUACUGUAGCCAAUGUUACACAUUUGUUGGCCUUUAUAGUUACACUUACAGUAAAACCAUAGUUGGCCCUAUGAACUUUGAAAAGGUUAUAAACUUGUCUUGUGCAUUUAUUUGACCUGUUUUUAUAUUUUACUCUAAUAGUAGUCUUGUUACAGUAUGUAAAAAUGAAAUAUUCUCAAGUAGCAAUAUUUGUAAUACAACAACAUGGAAUACAUGUUUUUUGUACAAUAAAUUCCUUGUCCUUGU